UUCCGGUCACCGCCUCCUCUGCUGGCCAUGGGGCGCCUGGCUGCGCUGCUUCUCCUGGCGGUUACUGCUGCCAGCAACACCUCUCCUGAAAAGGACAGUGUCAGUCUAAUAAAGGCCAUCAACAAGACAAGCAGCAAGGGGCUGGAUCAUUAUCAGUCAGACAAUCUUCGUCCUCUACGGCGUACAAAAAGGAGAUGGGUUAUAACCACCUUUGAACUUGAAGAGGAGGACAAAGGACCAUUCCCUAAACUUGCUGGAGAGCUGUUCAACAACGUGUCAUAUAAUGUGUCCAUAAAAUAUUUAAUCAGUGGACCUGGUGUAAAUGAAUCUCCAGAGUUUGGGUUGUUUUCUAUAGAAGACGAUGCCAAUGGACAUGUGUACGUGCAUCGUACCAUUGACAGAGAGAAGACCCCCUUUUUUAAGAUACGUUUUGAUGUUGCAAAUAGAAUGACUGGGGAGAUAGAGGACAGAUCUUUAUUUUUCAAUAUUAAGAUUAAAGACAUUAAUGAUAAUGCACCCAAGUUUCCCAAGGAGGAAUUUAACAUUACUAUAAAAGAAAACCAUCAUACAGAUGAGCCAGUUUUCCAAGUGACAGCCCUUGACAAAGAUGAACAAGACACCGCUAAUUCUCGGGUGACCUAUUCCCUUACUACACAGACACCCAAUCUGAAAGAGCCCAGAUUUAACAUCGUUCCUACCAGUGGUUUGAUAAUGAUUUCAGGAUGCUUGGAUCAUCAGACUGCCAGCUCUUUCAAGCUUCUGAUCAAAGCCAGAGACCAUGGUACUCCACAAAUGUCAUCUACUGCAACAGUUAACAUUGCCGUUGAAGAUACAAACAACCACCUGCCUGUAUUUACCAAGGAAAAUUAUCAGUGGCAAAUUGAAGAAGGCAAAGUAGGACCAGGCGUGUUAAGGCUCCAGGUGGAAGAUCAAGAUUCUCCAAACACACCUGCUUGGAGAGCAAAGUACAAAAUAGUGAAAGGCAAUGAAAAGGAACAGUUCACCGUUGAGACCGAUCCUGAAACAAAUGAGGGCAUUUUAAGUGUUAUUAAGCCUCUGGACCAUGAAGGUGACUUGGAGAAGAGACUUGUCAUUUCUGUUGAAAAUGAAGAACCUUUAUUUUCAUGCCAUAAAGGGAAACUGAGGAGCCAUCCUGUAGCCCCCAUUAGUGCAUCCGUGGCUGUGAAAGUCCUAGACAGAAAUGAUGCUCCUGAAUUUCACCCGCUUACACUUGUUUUUCAAAAAGAAGAAGGCGUGAAACCUGGGACGAGGCUUGGAAAAUAUUCUGCUGUAGAUCCAGAUGUGGUGCCAAAUAAGAUAAAAUACAAAGUAGUUCAUGAUCCAGCAGGGUGGGUGACUGUUGAUGAGAACUCUGGCGUUAUUACUGCCAUGAAAGAACUUGAUCGGGAAUCCCCCUAUGUGAACGACAGUGUUUACCCCAUCAUUAUUCAUGCCAUAGAUGAUGGUGUCCCACCGCAGACAGGCACUGGCACCAUUCUGCUUUACCUGUCUGACAUCAAUGACCACAUGCCAACAUUAGUCACACGUUUCUUUGAAGUUUGUGACAAAGCAAGACUGACUCCUCUCAUCAUAAAGGCGGAGGAUAAUGACUCCCAUCCAUAUGCCAGUCCUUUUACAUUUAAACUCGCUGAUGAUUCAAAAAGUAUAAAGCAAAACUGGAGAUUAGGAAAGAGUUUUGGUGACUCAGUUGAACUUUUAAUGUUGAGAAACCUCCCACAUGGAAAGUAUUUGGUGCCUCUCCUAAUUCUGGACAGGCAGGGAUUCUCUAUGAAGCAGACUCUGUCUGUGAGGCUCUGCCGUUGCCCAGAUGGACGCGCGUGUGAAGAUCCGAACUCCGUGCAAUUUAGCCUUGGAGGUGGCGCCAUUGCUGUGAUUUCGGCAGCCCUCCUGUUGCUUCUCGUGGCAGGCUGUCUUCUGCUGCGGUGUUCAUUUGGGUCUGAAAAGAGGAAAAGCCAAGCCCAUCUCCCUUUUGAAGAAGGCAGCCAGACUUUAAUCAAGUAUAAUGAAGAGUGUGGAAACGUUUUGUGUCAGGUUAUGCCUGAUGUUUUGGAUUAUGCUAGCCAACUCUCUACAUAUGCAGAAGUCAGAAAAGGAAAACAAAUGUCUGAGGAUGUAAAUGGAAUGGCACCAUCUGCCUCCCUUAGAUCCAGUCGAGGACACUAUGACCAAGAUCUAUGUGGUGCCAGUAGAACGGUCCAGGCCAGACCAGUAAGUGACAACCACAGUUCCCACGGGGUCAACAAUUCCAGAUGCGUGGAGACACUCCACAGAAGACCCCUCACUAUGAUUGUACAAACAGUGGGUGAAAUGUUGAAUCAGAAGCUCUAUCACCUCAGCAACCUGGAGGAGGACAUAGUCACUUACCAACCUCGCAUCUAUGCCGAGGAGGGAAAGCUAGAGAGAAGCAGCUCCUUCAGGUCCCUGCUCAUUGACGACGAUGAACUGCCCAAGGAUUUCUUGGACGCCCUGGGACCAAAGUUCACUGCUCUGGGUGAAAUCUGCCAGAAAUGACUUCAGUCACAGCCACUCCCAUAGGAACAAUGGAAUGGUGGGGACCUUCCCAAACAGGUUUGGAAGAGACUCGACCCAAGCACAAACAUCUGCUGACCUUUGGUGGCUCUCUCCUACAGGGAAUGUCCCCAGAGUUGUAUGU